AAUUACAUCCCUCAAUCCUCUUUCCUUAUCCUUAACACACACUCCUUCUUCAACCUCCUCUCAUGGCGGAUUUCUCUCCCGAGUUGCAGAGCUUCAAGCCCUCCUCCUUCUCCUUCCCUGAUUUCAUGGAUCCUAAUUUGGAGCUAAUGGGUCACUAUUCCGCUUCAAAUCCCGCUCCUCCAUCUCUCAAUUUCAAUAACCUCUUGCCCUUUUCAAAUGACAUGUUUUUCCCUCACCAGCCCCCACCGGAGCUCCUCCACGGCAACUUUCCUCUGCCUCCUCCACCUCCCAUCUCCGCACCACAGAACGAAUCAUUCCACGACUUGAAGAAGAGAAAAUCAUCCAUGGAGUUCUCCGAGAGCACCUCUGGAAUCUCCACUCCCCAAGCCUCUGAAAAUGGGUUCAAGUCAAAAAAUAGCUCGGGAAGAGGGAAGAGAUUGAAAAGCGUUGAGAAAGAAGAGGAGAAGUCAGCGAGAGAAGUGGUUCAUGUCAGAGCCAGAAGAGGGCAAGCCACUGAUAGCCACAGUUUAGCUGAAAGGGUGAGAAGAGGAAAAAUCAAUGAAAGACUAAGAUGCUUGAAAGACAUUGUCCCAGGAUGCUACAAGACCAUGGGGAUGGCAGUCAUGUUGGAUGAGAUAAUCAAUUAUGUCCAGUCUCUGCAGAAUCAAGUGGAGUUCCUGUCCAUGAAGCUUGCUGCAGCCAGCUCUUUCUAUGACUUCAACUCCGAGGCAGAUGCCAUAUCAAAAUUACAGAGGGCAAAGGCAAAUGAAGCAAAAGAGUUGGAGAGAUUGAUGAGAGGAGAAGGAUAUGGAGGAGUAGCUUGCUUCCACUCAACUUUGCCUCUUUGACUUCUAUUUCUGGAUGUUAACUUCUCAUUGCCCAAAAUUACAACACUAGAAGGAAGAUCUUCAAUUUUUCAACUUUUUUUUUCUUUUUUUUUUUAUAGACAAAUUUGGUCCUCAAUUAAUGAUAUUGUACUUAAAUACAAUGGAUAUUUAUACCUCAAGGAAGAAGCUCAUUCCAAUGGAAGUUCUACUGUAUGGAGUCACUAGUGUUUAAAAAAAAAAAAGAAAGAAAGAAAGAAAAAUUGUACAUUUGACAAUAUAAGUUGUACAAACAACAUUACCAAGCGUACAAAUAAUUAUUUGUUUUGU